UUUCCAAAAACCUAAAAAGAAGCUCCUUCCCACAAAGGUGAAGCCGUGAAGGUGACAGGACAGACAAUAAUAAACAAAGAUCAAAAAAACCCAGAACAGAAAUAAAUAAAAGCAAACUUUAGAAAGAGGGCGUUUUUAUUUUGAACUUUUGGUUUUUGAUUUCAUCGUUUUCCCAAUUUUCCUCUCAUAAUUUCAUUUUAUUCCUUAAUAAAAGGUUAUAAAUUGAAAUUUGGAGUCAUGUGUACUGGGGAUCUUGUUCAAAUUGAACCCGCGGAGCUCAAAUUCCCUUUUGAAUUGAGGAGGCAGAGUUCUUGUUCUAUGCAUUUGAUCAAUAAGACGGAUCAAUAUGUUGCUUUUAAGGUGAAAACAACUAAUCCCAAGAAGUAUUGUGUUCGUCCCAAUACUGGGGUUGUCUUGCCUGGAGCAGCAUGUGAUGUUACAGUUACAAUGCAAGCUCAGAAAGAGACUCCGCCUGAUAUGCAAUGUAAGGAUAAAUUCUUAGUUCAGAGUGUUGUUGUUCCUGAUUCUAGUACAACAAAAGACAUAACUUCUGAGAUGUUUAACAAGGAGGAGGGGAAACUUGUGGAGGAAUUCAAGUUAAGGGUUGUUUACAUUCCUGCUAAUCCUCCCUCACCAGUCCCAGAAGAGUCCGAGGAAGGAUCUCCACCUCGUGAAGAUUCAAAUGAACAUGCUUCACUGGCGUCAGCUGUAACAAGAUCUCUUGAAGGGUCGUCGAAAGAGAAGGAUCAUGAGUCACGGGCUUUGAUAUCAAAAUUGACAAAUGAGAAAGCUUCUGCCAUUCAACAAAGUCAAAAGCUUCGUCAAGAAUUGGAAAUAUUGAAGAGAGAAAUUGGAAGAAGGCGUACUGGUGGUUUGCCAUUAUAUGCUGUUGCGCUGAUCGGUAUUAUUUGCAUACUCAUGGGGUAUUUCAUUAAGAGAACAUAGGAGUCGAUGUAUGCAGAUCUGUUUUCCGGAGGCUUGGCAAAUAUGAAUACGCAGAUGAUCUAUCCACAUUUCUCGGACGCAACUUUUGUUUUUGCAAUCAUCUUAACUGUAGAAGUAGCAUUUUGGAUGAUCUGUUUCUUUUUGACGUAAUGAUGCAGUUAGAUUGCGUUUUGUGAAUCAACAAACACUGGUUUUAGUACAAUGAGCAUGUUUUGAGGAUGAUUGGGGGCUUUUAGGCCUUUUUUGUAUACUUGAGCAUUCUGUUUUGCAAGAAUAGUCGAUGCUUUACUUGCUGGUUUGCUAUUGCCAUUUUUCGGGUUGUUUUGGUGAAAGCUGUAAAGCCAAAGCAAUCCAGAAUUAAAACAAGUUCGGUUCUGUUUAAUUUGUUUUGGUGAAUUUAUUUACUCUGAUAGUGUCAAUUGUUGAUGAAGUUGAAUGCUUGCAUUAUAUUUUGUUGGUUUCAAUUUAAUUCCUUAAUCUUGAUGAUUAUACUUUCUAUUCCUGUCCAUAUAUUUAAUCCCCCGUGCCUGUGAUUGUUAGUUGACCUAACUCUU